UGAUGGGCUGGAUUAGCAAGAGAAUGGUGCGUGUGCUGGAAGCCCGCGGAGCUCCAGGCCUCGCCUGAGCUCUUUCUCUCUGCCAACUCUGACUCACCCUCUUGCUCCUCAGCUGGGCUUUUUCCUCACUGUGCUCCUGAUAGCAGUUGAUGCUAGCAUGGAGAACAACCGCACCUUCCUGUACUUUGCGUAUGGCAGUAACCUACUGAAGGAGCGCCUGCGUCUGAAGAAUCCCUCAGCGACAGUUCUUUGUGUGGCGAGGCUCAAGGACUACAAGCUGGUUUUUGGAAACCACAAAGGCCUGACCAGUGACCGGUGGCACGGCGGUGUGGCCACCAUAGAGCACAGCCCGGGGGACGAGGUUUGGGGGGUUGUGUGGAGGCUGAGCACAUCUGAUCUGGAGUCACUGGACAAUCAGGAGAAUGUGACCUUGGGAGCCUACAGUCCCGUGGAGCUGUCGGUGAAGACGAAGGGUCAGGAGCUAAGCUGCCGCACCUACAUCAUGAACAGCUGUGUGUACGCGCCUCCAUCACCCCAGUACCUGCAGGUGAUCAUGAUGGGAGCGCAACAGAACGGCCUGCCGAUGGAAUACCAGGAUAAACUCCGAGCCGUCAGGACCAACAUGUACGAGGGACCGCUGCCCGUCAUGACUGAACUGGAGCAGGUGCUGAGGAGGGCCAGAGGGGCUGCCUGCUCUGCACCUGAAUCAGCUGAGCCGCUCCAGGUGCUGGGAACCUUCUGCCGAAACCAGCAGUGACAGACAACAGAGACACCGAUACACAACAACGCCACACAACAAUGAUACACAAAAGAACGAAGGCAUGAAAACACUGAAAAAAUGCACACUAACACAAUACACUUAGACAACACUAUUACAAAACAACGCAGAUCUAAAAACAACCGAUUCACAACAAAGCUUACUUACAAGAGUAAUACUAAUGUACAACAACACUGACGCGUAACACUACUAUACAACAACACUGUCAACCGCACAUAUACAAUCCAUGUCCAGCAAACACGUUGUGAAUAAAGAUCUGAGAGCAGAAGUUCAGCAGACACUGGAUUCAGAGACGGACUCCUUCAUCCUAAAACAGGAAAGCUCCAGGGUGUUGAGGGGAAUCCAUGAAAGGGUUCUAAUGAAGAACAUUGUUCUUCUUUGAUGAACAAAACAAUACCUGUUUUAAUAGGGAGAGAAUAUCAACAAUUGCAACAGCAAGAAGCAGAUUGAAUUAUAGCUGGAGGCUGCUUCACAGACUGAGUCUGAAUAGCAAAGAACAACGAAACAUAAAAGUGCAUCAAGAACAGAGACUUUUAACUAUGGAAACCAUUAAAACUAUAGCAUUAAAUAUAGCAAUGAAUAAAAAAGGAUCUAAUUCGAUGAAAGCAAGUCAAACUACUCCUUGCUUGUAUCUAAUACAGAGUCAAGCUCAAGAUGUUGCUGUUGAGAUACCACCCUAUUUUGGAUGGUGCAGCUCUCUUUUCUAGAGAUGAGGAUAGUUUUUUUCAAAUCCUUCAGUUUUAAGAGGCAGAGUUCUCCUUCUCUGUGGUCUUCUGCCAUCUGCUCCAAAACCCCACUGAACUGUGUUGAAUGCAGAGUAAGAAUAUAAGUAAAUAAUAAAUGUCAAAUACAUGCUUUGACUGUAGAGAAUAACAAAAUAAUCAAAUGUUCAGUAAAUAUCAGAUCCCUUUAUAAAAGUCUUUGCUAUUUCAACAUUAGAUAACUGAUAACGUCUCCUUUGAAAGUUGAUGAUGAGCACCUCUGCCGUGGCAAAAAUUUCAAUGUAUCUGCUGUAAAUCAAAGGACUGUUCACAUGCGUUACCAUGUUUUUGAAUGACAUAUCUUGUGGGUUGGUUUGUGUUUAUUCGUCUAUUUAGGAUUUAAUGGAAAUAGUGUGAUAGCGAAAUUUUGUUUUUUCAAUAUUUUCUGAAUUUCUAUACAUUUCUGUGCAAAUGUGCGAUGGAAACGCAGCUAUUUUGGCCAAAUUCCCUCACUACUCCCUAACCUUUAAAACUAUAUGGCACAGGCCUCUGAUUGGAAGAUUGCUUUGGCCCCGCCCUACUUGCCACUUAGUCAAAGUGUCCUUGGGCAAGACACUGAACCCCACAUUGCUCCUGGUGGUUAGAGGUUGGCACCAGUGUUCGGCAGCAGAGCUGUCAACGUGUGUGUGAAUGGAACUUUGACUGUACACAGUUAGCUGUCACACACCUAGGUGUGUGACAUUUGUUCACCAAAAUCACUCAUUAACCAUUUGGCAGUUUAACCCUCAAUCCAACCACUUGAGCGUCAAGCAAGGAAGAAUUUUAGAAUAUUUGGUAUGACUCGGUCUGGAUUUGAACUCACAAACGUUCAGUCCCACAAGGCCACUAGGCUGUUCAGGCACCUUGUUCUCUUAGAGCUCGUGAUCACAGGUGAGUAUAGGAAGAAAAAUUGACAGGUAAAUUAAGAGCUUAGUUUUCUGACCUAGCUAGAAAAUUUCCAUCAACAUUCCCAGUCAAAGUCAACAGCCAACCGAAAUGGUGCCAGCAGAAACUGCUUACCUCUCUUGAGGCGCCAAAUGGUUUACCAGAAUCUCUUUGGGGCUGACCAAUGAUCCAUCCCAAUUGCCUCAAUGAACACUUUCAUGGACAAAGUUUUUACCUUCUCUACAGCCUGGGCUGCAGUUUUCUAUAUUUAAGAUACCUGUCAGCUACCUCAGAAGUCCCACAAGCCAGCCAUGCAGGGUAGAAGUCCAUCUGCUUGAUGCCAUCCCUUACUUAUGGUGUCCCCCCACUGGGUGUGGGCAUUGCCACGGUGACAGGCACCAGAGACUUUGCAACCCCAUCUUGGAACAGCCACAGAGACAACAAGGAUUAAGAACAUGUUCCUCUUUGAGUCAAUGUCCGAGCUUCCCUUUACAUCUGUUUUAAUGUGGGAAUUAAAGACCUCCCUAAUGGAGGGAUCAGCCAGACAUUCUCAGCAGUACGUCUGGGUCUGGCAAAGCAUUUCCAUUGGAAUGCUUUCCAGUAACCCUCCAAGAGACACAAAGAAGGCCAGGUAUUGGUAACUGUCGUUUGACCCAUGGGCCAAAACCACAGUCAGAGACCUACCCUCCACCCUAGGAAUAUGACCCUUUUAUCUUUUAAGGUAAACUCAAACACUUAGCAGCUGAACUGGGGACUCACAAGUAAGCUCAAACAAGCCCUCCGCCUCUCACAAUGGUAGAGAGUCCAACCCCUCAUAAGGUAUUGAGUUCCGGAGCCCCAGCCAUGUGAGGAGGUGAGCCCUACUAUAUCAAGCCUGCACAAGCUCAGGCUCCUUCCCUCCCAGAGCAGGAGAAGUCCCAAAAGCCAAAUUCUAUGACAGAAGGACCUGAACAAGACCCACUGGAAAAGCCCAGCCCACUAGGCACUUGACUUUGAGCCCUAACCCCAGGCCUGGCAUCAGAAUGGGAACUUGGUGAUACCAAACGGAGCGGCAUAAAUUUAUCUAGAUUUCUAUUACUCAUGAACGGGUUGUGAAUCGAUUUUUGUCUGGCUUGUCACCCAGGACAUGUCUCCCAUGGGAGACCUUACCAGGGCCAUUAGCUUAGCCGCCAGGAUCACUUGAGCUCUCAAAGCCCUCCACCACUUUAAGGUGGCAGUCCACGGGUGAAUCCUGUUUUUAAUUCCCACAUUAAAACAGAUGUAAAGGGAAGCUGGGACAUUGACUCAAAGAGGAACUUGUACCCCUUUUGGGAUUCAAAAGGUCCAAGUCCAAAAUGAAAAAUUCCAAAAACGGGGGUUGGCAGCCAAGACAUCCACUUUCAACUACCACCCAAAGCAUAGUGCAGCAGCUAUGUUUUAAAGAUUGAGAUGUCUCUGUAUACAAGAUUUGAAGCAUAUGUUAAAGAUUUAAAUACUUUAAAGAUCUUAUUUUCUUUUACCACAGUCAAAUGAAACAGAGGUUGUUGAUUUUGGACAUGAGCACUUCAGGAAUUCACUCUGUAACUACCGGUAUAUGAUCACAUUGGUCUCCAGACCAACUGUGAGAAACCUAUGAGUCAUUUCUGAUGAAGAUUCAACUUUAAAUUUCAAAUAAAUCAGGUUUCUAGAAAAUUCUUCUCUCAUUUGCAAUAUUUCCAAAAACAGGAACAUCCUGUCUCAGAAUGACUCAAAGGAAUGAGUUUGUGCAUUUGUUACUUUGUAGUUACAGUAGACUGCUGUAAUUGUUUUCCAUGAGGCUGCUCUGAAACUUUUCUAAAAUGUCUCCAGCUGUCUUAGGGCCUACUUACAGCAACAAAUGGUUUUAAAACUGUGCUGAAAACACAA